GUACUCCAAAGCCAAAAUCAGCACCAUUGGCUUCAAAGAGUUCUACUAAUACUCCAGUAAACCAUGAGGGGGCAGAUGAAAAUGUUACAGUUACAGUACCAUCUUUAAGCAAAACUGAAAAAGCACAUCUUGCUUCAUUACUACAUUCUGGUGGAUACAUCUCACACAUUGGAGAUCUGUUGUUAAAAAAUAAAGAUUUUUUGAAACAUGUGACAAAUUACUUCCAAACUGAAAGUGAGGAGAAAAUGAAAAUUCUAAAUAAAGAAAAACAUGGAUUUGUUAGUGUUCUGAUGAAAAAAACAUGUGACAAUAUGUAUGGAUUUUCCUGGGACAAAAUUUGUGAAGAAUUUAAAAGUCAGUUUCCCUUACUUGCAAGCAUAGUGGAAGGUAUAAUGUCUUCUGGGGAGAAGAAUAGAGACAAGAUAUUGCCAAGGAUGGGAAUGGUGUAUGCAGUUUGUGCACAGACAAGACACCACAAGCUAAGCUUAGUGCAGAGGAUGAUGACUCUAUGCCUGUUAGACAACAUAGCAGAUCAAAAGCCUAGGUGAUAACUAGUAGAUAUUUAUGACCGGUUUCAGCCUGUUGGUGUAUGUCUAAGCUAUGAGCAGUCACAACACCUUUUGCAUGAAGUAGGCCAGUCAUACACACAAUAACUUGCUGCUGCCAUAAAUGAGGGCAAAAGAUUAAGGAUAGUUGGCGACAAUGUAAACUAUGCUGUUGGCAUCAGGGACCAGAGGUCGCAUGACAAUGGAAAAACACAACACCUUCAUCAUGCAUUUGCUUCCAUUGCUUUGAUCCAUGAUGUUGACUUUGCACACCUUUCCUCGGAACGACCACAAAAGCCUUGGACUGAUGUAAAUGUACAGGAUUUGCUCAUGAAUCAGGAUGACUACCAAGCAUUAAGACAAGACUAUAUUAAUCAAAUUGUAACUGUUGCAAAAAAGCAUAUUCCAUAUUUUAAAUUCUUGGAAGACAUUUCUCUACAGAACCCUAUAGCUACAGGUACUAUAACCAAGACAAGUGAAAACCCCAAAAAAACUAAGGUCAUUCCACUGGAGACUGUUCUUAAAAAUGAAAUGUACUAUUCUGAUGUUGUAGACAUUUUAGACAGUUAUGAAAACAUAUUGGAGACAACAUUCAAUGCAGCAGGAAAAGAAGUAACAGAUGAUGUCAAAAUCCACAUUGGUGGUGAUCAACUUACCCGUGAGAGGUUUUCUGGUGCAAAAGGUUUAAGAGCAGCUGAAAACAAUGUGAAAAAUCGCUUCGGACACCUGACCCCUGUAACAUUUGAAAUGUUUCAUCUUCUCAUGAACUUCUUGCAAGGAUUUUUUGACUUUUUGUAUAGUGACAAAAGUGCGGGAGACCUUGGGACCCUCAAGUGUGAGAUAAAUAGAGUAAUGAGAAGUCAGGUUGACCAAGAUGUUAAAAAGGCUUAUGAUGCAGAUAAAGACUUUGUGAUUGCCUUUUUAAAUGCAUACAUUGUUGAACUAUUAUGUGAACGUUUUGGAAUGGAGGACCAUCUAUCAGUCCCAACCAAAAAUAUUCCACCAGAAUUUUCAUCAGUAGAGGAGAAAAAGAUAUGGAUGAAUGAGGUGAUUGGAAAACUGGUUGAUGAAAUGGUGUGGCCAAAAAAAAUUGAAGAUAUCCAGGAUGAUGUUAUUGAGGAUGGGCAGUACCUACCAGUAACAUUGAAAUUGUCAAAUGGAACUGAGAUCUCAAUUUGUCCCAGAAUCAGAACAACCAAUAAGAAGUCGGUUGAUGAAGGAAGUGACAAGGUUAAGAACUAUGGACAUUUAGUGUUAGAAUUGGGUAUGCUGUUUAAAGAGCUGUUGGGUGUUUGCAAAUCUCCAGAACGGAAUCAAAUGUUGAGGUUGUUGAAGCACAGUAUGACAGUAUUUAAAGCGAGGUCCAAUAACAGCAAAUAUGCUUUGGAAAUACACCGCUUUCUGAUACAACAAAUUUCUACCUUGUCAGAAAAGGAGGCAGCUGAGGUUGUUACAGGAAUGUUUGUCAACACCAAAGGAAAGGUGGACAGUUAUAUCCCUGCUGACUUGCAGAUGGAGUAUAUGGUCAAGACCAUAAAAAAACACAUAAAACAUAUGUAUUCCAACAAAAGUGAAGCAAACAUUGCAAAGCAGACCAGAUCCUUAUCAGGAAUACAAGAUUUAUCAGAACAUUUUGAUAAAGCUAGUGGUGUAGUUCAUAGAUGCAAAAAACACAAAAAAAAGGAUUCUGAUGGUGAUGAGUUAUUGAUGAUUCAAGACUUAAGAAAACUUAGACCAUUUUCGUUUCAGUCAGGGAGACUUCAUAAUGACUUUCCAAACAUUAAGAAAUCGGUUAUUGAAUAUAUGAAUGUUGAUCAUUAUCAUUCUUGGAUAAGAUCUAGGAUCGUUAUCAAUGCAAACGACCUAGGCCAAUAA